CGACGCACCAACACUUCUGCACAGGGCGGAAGCCGCAGCAGCGACAGUGAGCUGAAUAAAGUUAGUUUUUAUUUGUCAUAAGUUUUCUUAGAGACUCAGUGAGAAUCCGAAGCGGCGCAGGACACGGAACGGGAUCCAAACUUCAAGUGGCACCUUUGUGUCUCUGCUAGCAUCUUGUUAGCAUGGAUGCUAGCAUGGAUGUUAGCGGGGAAUCGGUGAGAAUGAACCCGGGAGAAGAGGUCCAGCUCCGGGCACAGGAGGAGGAGGAAGAUGGGGAGUGGGAGGAGCUGGAUGACGAGGAGCUGGAGGAGCUGGAGGAUCUGAAGGAUCGUGAGGAGUUCAUGAAGGAGCUAGCGAACAUCUCGGUGAAACACGUGCUGAGGAGGGUUCAGGCCGUGCAGACGGACGCCACCACAGGAGAGUCGGGCGUCAACACGGAGCCCGACUGGGAGAGGCAGGUGUCGGCCAUGUUGGAUUACAGCGUCAGCCUGUCGGAGGAGUACGGCGGUCUGAAGAGGAAGCAGGGCGAGGAGGAGGCGGAGCAAGACAAACACAAACAACAACUGCAGAAGAAGAAGGAGGAGGCGGCACGGCAGCACCAGGCUGUGAUGGACAAACUGGAGUCAGUGCGAGUCAAACUGCAGCUGAACAACUCCAAGGCCAUCAGGAAGAACUUCUUAUCCAAAAAACAAGAGAUGACGUCAGAGAAGGACCGAGCGGAGGAGGAGAAGAAGAGGUUGGCCAACGAGCUGCAGGAGAGCGAGCGGAAGCUGGCUGCGCUCACAGAGGAGCAGGAGGAGGAGCAGAGGAGGUGGCAGGAGGAGCUGGAGGAGCUGAGGCAGGAGAUGGAGCGCGUGAGGACGGAGGCGCAGGAGGCGGAGCUACAGGCCCUAAAGGACGAGAAAGCCGCCGUGGAGAAGCAGAGGGACGCCGCCAUAACUCACAUCGACGUCUGGCUGAAGGAGCUCGGUCAGUACCUGAACGCCGUGAGGGCGGAGUCUCCUCAGCAGUAUCACCACGAGAGGCUGAAGUGGGAGAAGAAGGAGGCGGCGGUGAGGAGGAGUCAGGCCGAGCUGCAGAGCCGCUUCCAGGAAGUGAUGCAGCAGCUGCAGCAGGGGCGAGAACCCGGGACCCUCACCAAGGUCACGGUCCCCCCGCUGCCCCCGGUGCCCACGGUGGAGCUGAGGAUCAAUCAGCUGAUCCAGUCACUGGUCCAGCCGCAGUUUGGCCCCUCCCACCCUCCUCCCAUUCCAGUGGUCCGACCUUUCCCCCCCCCGCAUUACUACCAGGACCAGUACCAGCCCCCUUUCCGACCGCCGUACCGCCAGCACUACCCGCCCCCCCGACACUUCCCGCCACCCGACCCCUACUUCCGUCCCGAACACUUCUUCCAACCGCCGCCGCCGUUCCCGCCGCACAUCCGAGCGCCGCUGAGGGUGACGCCCCCUCUCAGUCUUUCCCCCUCCCCUCCUGUUUACCCUGUGGCUCCCUCGCCGCCUCCCGCCGCCGCCACUCAGUCAGCAGGCUCCGCCCCCGCUGGCAAACUGGACAAAGUCCUGGAGAAGCUGGGGACUCGCUUCCCACAAUGCAACAAGGCUCAGCUGACGCAGCUGCUGCAGCAGGUGAAGAGCGCCCGCGGCACGCUGGCCGGCAUGUCCAUGGAGGAGGUCAUCGAGCAGGUCGGCGUGAAGCUGGCCCAGAACGAGAGGGCGGCGCCGGGACCCAUCGGCCGGCCCGUGCCCCUCGGCCCCAUCCAGAGGCCGCCGCCCUCUCCGCAGAGAGCCAGGUCGGCGUCGGGCGGGGGUCCGAGUGCCGGGGUCCGUAAGAUGUGCCUGAUGUGCCAGAACGCCGUGGAGCCCGAGAGCCGCCACCCGCUGAGCUGCUCGCACGCCAUCCACAAGGACUGCAUCCGCAUGUGGCUGCAGUCCAGCAAGAACAACUCGUGUCCCUUCUGUCCCGGCAAGUGACCCCGUGACCUCGUGACCCUGUGACCCCGUGACCUCACAGAGCCCGAGCAUGCUAACGCCACCGCGUCGAGAUACGAUCACACGCUGAAACACUUUGUUCUUAUGUCACCGAACUAAUGCUGAACAUUGAUUUGAUUAUCCGUAUAUGAUUAAGUCAUAAAUGAUAAUGUGACUGUAAAUGAAAGUUUUCUGUAUGAUAAUUUUUU